GCUCUGGUCAUUCUUCCAGCGCCGUAUCUUUGCGUCGAGGGGUCGCGAGAGCACCCCUUUUCAUACAGAUCCAGCGUCGAGAUGCGCGUCGUGGGGGACUUUGAGGUCGUGGUCGCCACGACACCGGGCGUGGACGAUGCAACGCCGAACGUCAAGCUUCGCCUACGGUACGUUGGCGCCCCCCGCCUCACGUGCGAGUCGGCACGGUACGUUAAAGCGUGGGUCUAUGGCGUCGAGAUGGAGGGCGUUGCGCUCUACUCGGAGGCGACACGUGAGGUGACGCAGUGGGUCCCCCAGCGCCAGCGCAGCACGCCCGCAACGGACCUCGAUCGCACGAGCAUUGUCUUGCAAGUGCGCCGCGCCAGAGUUGAACGGGUGGCCAUGGCUGUGCCGCUGCAAAAACCUCGCGAGGCCAAUCGAAGCGCCAUCUGCGCCGACGACAGAUGUGCCCCGUCGCUCCUAUCUCCUAUCGUUGUCAAGGCGUCGUCGGCCACAACUUAUCGCCUCUCGCGCGGUGCCACGAGUCCCUCGCAGCGACCGCUAAAGCGCACCAAGCUCAAGCACACCCCGGCGUACAGCACGACCAUCUCGAGCUCAAGUGCCAAGUAAUUUGCAUUAUUUCGUCAAAAAGAGUCGUAUUACACAGGGUUUAUAUAAAGAUCAGUGAGUACUGCAUGGGCCGCUGCUUACCACAUCGUGGCUGCGAGCGUCG